AUGACCGGCCUCUACUUCGUCGCCUCCAUGAUCCUCGAGAAGCUUGCAUCCAGCCCGAUUGAAAUUUCACCCCCACAUUGGCUCGGCUCGUCUCCAUCCUUAGUCUCGUCUUCCCGAUGCCAAAGUCCACGAAGCAUGAGAACGCGGCGCAGAAGUACGCAGCUCCGGCUCAUGCUGUUAAUCAGGCAAGGCGUGGGACGUGGGCUACCCCUCGAGCGGUUAGGCCCGACAGCUACGCCACAAGCCAUCAGAUAUUCAAAAAACUUUAUUGAGGCGAUCUUCUUCGCCGCGUUCCUCAUCUACGGUCUGGUGAUCGUGUUCAGCUUCGUUGUGGUCCAGCGCAAGUUCGGCACCGACGAGGUGGUGUGCCCGGGCCGCGAGCUCGAGGGCAUCUACACCCAGGAGAUCUACCGCUUCAGGAGCAAGGUGCCGUGGUUGGUGCAGAAGAUGUUGCCCGAAGAGGCGUUCGAGCUGCACGAAGAGUCGUGGAACGCCUACCCCUACUUCAAGACGGUCAUUACGGACCCCGGCUACAUGAAGAAGAGCUUCCGAUUGGAGAUCGAGUCGAUGCACCAUCAGGACGCUGGCGACACGAACAAUGCCCUCAACACCAAGCACAAGAAGCGCGAGGUGAUCGAGCUGAACAUCUACGACGACCAGCGCCCCAAGUCGUCGGAGAUCAACGAGAAGAACGACCCCCGGCAGGUGCGCAGUGAGAAGAUGGAGAUCGGGCCGUUGGAGGAGGACUGGAUGGAUGCUGAGGAGGUGUCGGUGGUGUGCGCCUACAAGCUCGUCUCCGUCACGUUCAAC